CUUGAGAUGUUGAAUUCUGGAAUUAUUGAAUCAUCAGAUUCUCCUUGGUGCUCCCCUGUUGUUUUGGUUAAUAAGAAAUCAGGAGAAUGGCGUUUCUGUGUUGACUACCACCGGUUGAAUGCAGUUACGUGAAAAGAUUCGUAUCCGCUUCCUAGAAUUGACGAGGCCCUUGAUCUGGUGUCUGGGUCGCGUUGGUUUUCCACGCUAGAUUUGAGAAGUGGCUACUGGCAGGUGGAGUUAGCCCCGGAAGCCAAGAAAAAAACUGCAUUUUCAACCGGGGGCGGGUUUUGGCAAUUUCGAGUGCUCCCUUUUCGGAUUGUGCAACGCGCCAGCAACUUUUGAACGCCUAAUGGACCGUGUCCUCUCGGGCAUCCCUCGUUCCAGAUGCCUGGUAUAUUUGGACGAUGUGAUGGCACAUGGACUCACGUUUGAAACUGCUUUGCACUCCCUUAGAACCAUAAUAGUGAAAUUGCGAGAAGCAGGACUUAAGCUACACCCUGAUAAGUGCCAAUUGCUGCGCCGAGAAGUCACCUACUUGGGGCACCGAGUAAGUGAAAGGGGGGUGGCCACAGAAGACAGCAAGACUCGAGCGAUCCGUGACUGGCCGACUCCAGUUAAUGUAUGGCAAAUCCGGGGGUUCCUCGGAUUGGCAUCCUACUAUCGGCGUUUUGUUCCUGGGUUUGCUACGGUGGCUGCUCCCCUUCACCGGCUAACAAAGAAAGGUCAGUAUUUCCACUGGGGAACAGAGGAACAGUCCGCUUUCCAAGCCCUGAAAGAUACCUUAUGCCAGGCUCCCAUCUUAGCCCCACCUGACCCUGCCCUGCCUUUUGUUUUAGACACGGAUGCCAGCAAUGUAGGUCUAGGUGCCGUCCUGUCACAACCAUACUCCCAGGGAGAACGAGUAGUUGCUUAUUUUAGCCGAGCCCUAAGCAGAGAAGAAAGAAACUACUGUGUCACACGGAGAGAGCUCCUGGCAGCAGUGGAAGCGAUCCGGCAUUUUCAACACUACUUACAAGGGACUGCAUUUACACUGCGCAGCGAUCAUGCAUCCUUACAAUGGCUGAUGUCUUUUAGGGAGCCAGAGGGGCAAGUGGCAAGAUGGCUGAAAUGGGUACAGUCGUUUCAAUUUGAAAUCCAACAUUGCCGGGGGAGGGGUCAACAUCACAACGCAGAUGCGCUAACCCGCAGGCCUUGUGCUCAGACGAACUGUGACUACUGCCACCGUCAGGAGGACCGAGAGCGAACAGGGGAGGUGAGACACAGUUGCUCAAUGUUAGCGCUGUCAAAGGGGCAAUGCAAUUGGGGGUUUUGGCAGAAUCAGGAUCCAGAGAUAAAGAAAGUGAGAGCCUGGGUGACAGACAAUCACCGACCUAGUUGGGAGGAGGUAGCCCCAGAGGGUAUGACUGUUAAGGGUCUCUGGGCCCAGUGGGACAAUUUGACCAUUCGGGAUGGGGUGCUGAUGAGAAGAUGGCGAGCCCCUGCCACUGGAGAGAUCACUUGGCAGGUGAUAGUGCCAAAGGGGAAACAGGAUGAUGUUCUUAAGUCAGUGCAUUGGGGUGUGGGGUCUGACCACUUUGGGGUUAGUAAGACGCUGAAGAGGCUCCGACAGAUGUUUUACUGGGGGCGGUGCCGACAAGAUGUUGAAGAUCACUGCGGCCGUUGUGACAUGUGCACAGUGCGAAAAGGGCCCCCUGAACAAUCAGUUGCCCCCCCUUCAACAAUAUCAAGUCGGUCUGCCUAUGGAGCGGGUUGGAAUAGACAUAUUGGGGCCUUUUCCUCGUUUUCGUCAGGGAAAUAGGUACAUCCUUGUUAGGGUAGACUAUUUCUCCAAGUGGCCGGAGGCGUACCCUAUUCCUAGCCAAGAUACAGAAACCGUGGCUACUGCCCUAGUUGAAGGCAUGUUUAGUAGGUUUGGCAUGCCGCUAGAACUCCAUUCAGACCAGGGGUGUAAUUUUGAAAGUAAAGUUUUUCAUCAUGUGUGCGAUCUGCUACACAUUCGGAAAACACGCACCACCCCGCUUCACCCCCAGAGCGAUGGUUUGGCCGAGCGAUUCAUCCGUACUUUAUCGGCUCAGUUGGCUAUGGUGGUAAACAAGAACCAACGCGACUGGGAUCAGCAACUGCCUUUGGUUCUCCAGGCAUGCCGGACAGCGGUUCAGGAGUCUAAGAAGUGCACCCCUGCCAUGUUGAUGCUGGGCCGGGAAUUGAGAACCCCGGCCUCUCUCGAAUGUGGGUUGCCACCAGAAAGGGAAGAACAUCAAUCUGGACAAAAGUAUGCCCGCUGUCUUCAGGACCGAAUCGACAGGGCUCACGCGUUUGCACGGGACCAUCUGCACAAAGCUGGCCUUACCCAAAAGCGGCAUUAUGACAUCAGAGCCAGAGAACACCCGUACUCCUCCGGCGACCGAGUGUGGGUGUAUAGUCCCCGAUGGAAGAAAGGUCUCUCCCCCAAACUUGACAGUGCAUGGGUGGGUCCUUGCCAAGUGCUCGAGCGCGUGGGCAAAGUGGUGUACUGGGUGCAGAUGUCACCAAGGGGACGUCGGGUGUUUCUGCAUCAGGAUCGGUUGGUGCCUUACCGGGGAAGGUUUCGUGUUGAUGAAAGGAUCGAAGCGCCAGCCGACCGGGAUAUAAACCAAGAACAGCCUGAUUCGGCUCUGGAGACGGUGGGAACAGAAAUGCCUUCUACAGACGACGUCACACGUCCUGAGCGGCCCAGACGAGUCAUCCGAUUACCAGCUCGUUAUCAACAUUUUGAAGUGUCCCCAGGGGCGAGGAGCUAGUGGGGGG